AGUUGGGAAGGAGGUCUGUUUUUCUUAUAUCUUGACCAUUUAGAAAUUUCCCGUCAUCCUAAUGGAGGUAAAUGAAGUACGUGACCAAGAUAUAUUGGUUGACUUGGAGAAAGGCAACUGCUUGCCAUCAAGAGAGGACAAUAAUGGGAUGAAGAUUAAUACGAUAGCUGGACAUGCAAAGACAAAGCUGCAUGGCUCAUGGGAUGACCUUGCAGCACGGAAGGAGGAUAAGACUCACCACAUAUCUUGCUGCUCUUCACACUGUCAAGAUUUCAUUGUUAAAGGUGGAGAGUCUAUGACGUCUGAAGGGGAGAUUAAGGUUGGGCUUUUGGAUAAAGCAGCUGGCGAUAAGGAAAAGAAAAAAUGGUCUAAGAAGCCACCGCGACCUCCAAGACCACCGACUGCAUCACCAUUAGACCCUGCUGAUCAGAAGCUCAUUAGUGAACUAUCUGAGCUUGCAGUGUUAAAAAGGGCUAGGAUUGAGCGUAUGAAGGCGCUGAAGAAGAUGAAGAAUUCCAAACCAGCAUCUUCCAUUGGGAACCUGGUAGCUUUGAUUAUUACUGUUAUCUUCUGCUUCUUCAUACUUUGGCAAGGUAUACCCACUGGUAACCUAUGAGAAAUGUUUACAUUUGUUAUGUUGUAUUCACAAAUGAAUUGUUGUUCACCAGCGCUGGCAGCGCUUAGCAAUAAAUCAUCUUUGUUGCUCCC